AUGGCUCGUGGUGUGGUGAGGAUGGAAUAUAUCGAGAAUGAGAGCAAGAGGAAGACAACCAUGAAAAGGCGCCUCAAGAGCCUAGUCAAGAAGGUAAGCGAGAUAUCCAUCCUCUGCGACGUUAUGGCCCUCCUCGUGGUGUACCGCCCCGGCGAGCAGCAGCCGGCGGCGGUGUGGCCGCCGACAGCGGCAGAGGCCAUCGCCGUCGCUGGGGAGUACAAGUCGCUGAAUUCAGAGAAGCUGAAGAAGCCUCUGGACAGGGUGGGCUUCGCCCGUCAGCAAGUGGAGAAGGAGAGGACGAGGCUCCUCAACUUCCAUCGGGCUAGCGAGACAAGGAGCAUCAUCUUCGGCCUCUUCUUCCGCUACAUCGACGGCUUAAAUCUCCAGGGCCUGACUGAGACACCAGAGCUUGAGGGCCAGCUCGGGAACCUGACAGCACAUGGUGCCGUCGACGUCCAGUGUCAGUUGCAGAGCACCCUCAGGGCUGUGAGCGACCGCCUCCGGUGGAAACGCUCCGGGAGCACGUCAGCGCCGCCGCCGCAGCAGCAAGGUAUGCUCCCUCCUGCUGAGCUUGAAGCUCCUGUGGCUCCUCAACCUCAGCAAGUGGGAAUGGUUGAUAAUUUCAUCGUGGCGCCACCCGCUGGGCCGGAUGCUGUUCCAGUGGUGCCUCUUCCUCCUGCUGCUGCUCCAAUGGCGCCGAUGGAGAUGGAUCCGCCCCAUAAUGGUGCUGAUGAUGCUUCCAUGGGCAUGAUCCUUGACGUGCUCAAAGACUACGACGGUGCCGGCAACGGCAGCGUCCUUCCAAACCCGGAGGAAGUUCAUGAUGCCUUGGUGAGGACCGGGAUACUCGCCGCCCCACCGCCGCCCAAUGGCGACUCAGCCUCCAAUCCCUAG